UGUCUGUGUGUGUGGGACAUCGAUACACACGUGUGUAACCAUUCUGGGCUGCGUUCCAAAUUAUAUAGAUUUUUCUUUUUACUUCUAGUCCGUACUGCAGCUACCAUUAAAAAGUAUGUACUGUUGCACGUGGUAUGCGUACGAUUGGGACAUUGACUGAUCAGGACACCUGUAGUGCCCCAUUGACUGAAAGUCGAUAGGACGAAUCUUUUGCUGCGCAGAGGUUUGUAGGGCAGAAUAGACAAAAAAAGCAUGCUGGCUUGCAUCCUGCGAAACGUGACCAGAUGUGGUACAACCUUGUAUCUUUGGCAUACUGCCCUUUCCAUAAUAUGUAUUGGGACGUACUAAAUGGCAUACCAAAGAGUAUGGUAGCAUGGGUUGGUCAUUUAGUGCAGAAGGAGAAACCGUUAAUGUUGCCCUCCAAUGAGCACAGCGGAUGUCCUGUGUACAGGAUCAUUUACCACUGGUGUUUGUUUGUGUAAAGGAUAAACCGCUUGUGUUUGUUUGUGUCUGAAAGUCUGAGAGAGAGAGACAUGUACACAGUGGCGGAGAGAGAGAGAGAGAGAGAGAGAGGGUCAUAGCGGUCCGAAGUCUACUAAAAUCCCAAUAUAACCAAAGCAGGCGCACCCGUGCCUCAAAGUUCGCCUCAGGCGCUGGCUUACCAGGUCGGUUCAGGUUUUGCUGAAAUAAACAACUCUUUAAGCCACCGGUACACGUUAAAGAAAUUUGCAGCUGACAUUUAAUUCAGCCUCUGACGUCGGCUUGGCUUUCCAGAGACGCUAGGAAGCUAAGGCUUCAAAUGGCAAGCACGACUGGAAGAAGGUCAUGGUGUAACACUGGGGGCUCCGUGUUGGUACCCUGUCGCAGGAACCACCAGCUUAACCGGGUGGGGUUCCAGCCCCUCUGUGAUUAAUGUCGGUGGGGUGCCCUCUGAGCCGUGGCAUUAAGUUGGCAACUUAAGGUUCACUUUUAAUUAAUCCGUCAUUAAAAAAUAUCAAAUCGCGUAGCAAACAAAACGGUCUUGGAUUCUAACAAACAGCCCAGAAGUUACGAAUAACGACUCGACGAAUGACCUGAAAUGGAGCAAAAGUAAUGCAAUGAAAUGUGGAGCAUUGCUGAAGAAUGAUUUAUGUAUUUGUUGGACUCAACACUUAAUCAAGCAGUAAAGGCUGGGUUGCAUUGUCUUCCUGGUGGCUAUCAGCAGGCCUCUUUGGUUCACCCUCCACCCUGUAGCACUGUUUGCUGUGCAGUGUUGACCCAAGGUCCGACCUGAACGGGUCAGAUUCGUGUUUACAGCACGCUUUACGAGUGGGCGGCUGAGGUGUUUACCAAGGUGUGUGUCCCUCCUACACUUGUAUAUUGAACCUUACGUUGACCUGUAGACGCUUCUACGGGUCAACACAGGUAGGCGCAUCUUUGUUUACCAAUUGUUUAAGGUCCAAGGCGAAAUUGGCGCUGAUUUGAAAAGUCGGACUGUCCAUCGAGGCGAAGCUGUUUGCUGCUGCGUCCUGCCGCGGUUCUGUGUGAAUCUCGAGUGGGUGACUCCGACAGCACUCACAGAGGCCUUUAAGGAUGAGUUGGAGGGGCUGAUCCAGGAACAGAUGAACAAAGGCAACAACCCCAAAGGCCUGCUGGCCCUCAAACAGAUCGCUGACUUCUUCAUGGCCAGCUCGGUGGCUGGCUUCAACAGCUCCCCCCUCAGUCAGGGAAUGGUCUCUCCCAUCAACGACCUCUACACGAUGGACCCUGCCACUACCGUGAAGGGGGAGAAGCAUGCACGUUGCAAACUGGCCAGCCUCUACAGACUGGUGGACCUGUUCAGCUGGGCUCACUUCUCCAACUCAUACAUCACAUGCCGGAUCAGCAAAGAGCAGGACCACAUCCUCAUCAUCCCCCGAGGGCUGGCCUUCGCUGAGGCCUCUGCUUCCAACCUGGUGAAGGUCAACAUCCUGGGGGCCGUGAUGGACCAGGGCUCCACCAACCUGAGGAUCGACCCGGCGGGCUUCAGCCCCCACGCCGCCAUCUACUCCAUGCGGCCUGACGUGCGCUGUGCCAUCCACGUGCACACUCCCGCCACCGCCGCCGUGUCGUCUAUGAAGUGUGGCAUCCUGCCCAUCUCCCAGGAGUCCCUGCUGCUGGGGGACAUCGCCUACUACAACUACCAGGGCAGCCUGGACGACCCCGAGGAGCGCAGGGAGCUGCAGAAGGCCCUGGGGCCCUCCGCCAAGGUGCUAGUGCUCAGGAACCACGGUGUGGUGGCUCUCGGGGAGACCAUCGAAGAGGCCUUUAACUUCAUCUACAAUGUCGUCUACGCCUGUGAGAUCCAGGUGAAUGCCAUCUCAUGUGCCGGCAGUAUAGAGAACCUGAAUAUUCUUGACAAAGAGGCGUACAAGGCACGAACGUUCGACGUUGGAAGCUCUGCCGACGUAGCGAUGGGGGCUGAGUUCAAGUACAAGCGCGGUGAGCUGGAGUUCGAGUCCCUGAUGAGGAUGUUGGACAACCUGGGCUACCGGACGGGCCACGCCUACCGCCACCCCAUCGUGCGGGACAAGCCGCGGCACAAGAGCGAGGUGGAGAUCCCCGCCACCGUGUCGGCCUUCCAGUUCGAGGAGGAGGAGGAGGGCGAGGGGGGCGGGGCCACGCGGCUGCCCUUCAAGUUCCUGCAGCAGCGGCAGCAGCGUGAGAAGACGCGCUGGCUCAACUCGCCCAACAGCUACACCAAGGUGCAGGUGGAGGGCGGAGACGACCGCCACUACAGCCGCACCACCACGUGGAUGAAGGCUGAGGAGACGGGCACGCCCAUCCGGAUCGAGGACGCCAACCAGUUUGUGCCCCUCAACACAGACCCCAGCGAGGUGCAGCAGAAGAGGAACAAGAUCAGGGACCUGAACCGGAUGGACAUGAUGUCAUCAGGGCCACGUUCUCAGCACCUGGCAGGCAUCCCUGUUGAUGCGCCAAGACAGGACCAUGUUCGGGUAAAAGUUCUGCCCUACGUGCCCUCAGUGGAGGAGCAGAUGGUUCAGCUGCCCCCCAACCCGUUCAGCGAGCUGUCGGAGGACUACCUCAAGACCGGGGAGAGGAGAGGCCUCAGUGAUGGCGAGCACGAGCUAACAUCCGACGACGGUUCCACUCUCUCUCAGUCUCUCUCAGUGUCUCUCAACCAGACGCCGCAAGGCACACCGGCCAAGCAAGAGCACCACGGCAGCGGCCUGCUCAACGGCAACGGGCGCAACGGCGGCGGCGGCGGCGCGGACGAGGAGCUGUCCCGGCGCGUCAGUCAGCUGACCACCAGCGUGGAGAGCGUGACGCUGACGCUGCGGCCCGGCGACAAGAUCGAGGAGCUGGCGCUCUCCCCGGAGAGCUCGCCCUCCAAGUCGCCCAACGGCAAGAAGAAGAAGAAGUUCCGCACGCCGUCCUUCCUGAAGAAGAACAAGAAGAAGGACAAGCUGGAGGCCUGAGGAGGCCCCGCCCCUUCCUCCUUGUCCCGCAGCAAGGAGCGUGGCCCGCUGAGGCCCCGACCCCUCGCCAGAGAGGAAGAGGAAGGAGUAGUAGUAGUAGUGGCGGCGGCAAAGGGGUAUUCCCUAUCUGUUAGUUUUGGUUUUGUUUCCGUAUGGUUUUGUUCAUGUUUGUUUUCACUGUCGAUAUCGUUGUUUUGCUUUUCUUUCGUCCAUUUUCUGAUUUUAAUAGAUUAUCUUUUUUUAUUUUCUAACAAAACAUGUCCGUACUAUAUGGUAGGCCGAGGAAGAUAUAUAUAAUUGGAUAAAUACCAAAAAAUAAUAGAAAACCCCGCGUUGACGGUGCAGAGUUGUGCCGGAGGGGUCGGGUACAACCUGACGACGGUGAGAUGUCUCUGGUCCGCUGCACACUGCACGCUGGUGCUGCAGAGUAGUGUCAGCUGAUACCACUCCGCGCAGAUCCUGAAUUACUGGCUCGCCCUGUGCUGCGCUUCCCCCUUGGCUAGGGAUGGCAUUCAAAACAGCCCCUGUGUGUCUCUGGCGCCAUGACAACCCCGAGUCGAGGCCGACGUUUGGGCUCCGCUUAUGCAGUCGCGCGCGUGUGUGUAGGUAAACUGGAACGAGGCGCACGGAAAUGAUCCUCACACUGGAAAGAGAAAUGUGUUUUUUUCUGUUAAGGUUUUUGUUUUGUUGGCAGUUCAGCUCUGGCGGAGUUUGCGUUGCGUUUUUUUAUCUCUAGAAAGCUCUUUUUUUUAUUAUUAUCUUUCAACCCACUUCUCUCACUCUUUCCCCUCGCUCUCUUCAAAGAGCCUCAUUGCUGUCUAAUUGCAGUCCAGAAGGCACUGGCAGAAGCCCUGGGCUAAUUGUGGACUAAAUCCAAUGCUGCAGUUUCAGUUGUCGUUCUUCUGUUCUUCUUAUUCUUAGCUAGGCCAGGAAUGCUCGCUCCUUUCCUUGCCAGAAAACGAUACAAAAAAAGACAGAAAUGUUUCGGUGAGUGGAGGUUCUGACCCUUGGAGGGGAGGCUUACCUCCUUACUUCUAUGUAGCAUUCAAUGUAUUCUUUUGUAACUUGCUUUUUUUGCCAAACUAAAAAACUGAGUAAGGAAAAAACAAACACACAAUCACGUUUUAGUGAAGCCUCACUUGUUCAUGUCAUACUUUUUAGCCGGGCGAGAACGCAAACGUCAUCUCUGGAAAAACUUGCAUCUCGGUUUGUUUUGCUUUGACUUUUUAAAAUUGGACGUGGAACUCCUGAGUUGGUCAUCUCUAUUUUCUACUCAUUUCUAUACUUUUACAGAGAAUACAAAUAUUAAGCAUGUUUUCUUUUGUGCAAGAAGUCGUUUUUUUAUUUACUUAAUACAUUCUGUAGUGUUGCCUGGUUUCUCAAAUUAUACGAGUCUUCAUAUUACUAAAAAAACUGCUAUAUAACACAACUAUAUGAAAACUGGAUAUGUUGGCUAUAGAUUUGUACCUAUAUAUUUUAUUGUGCUGCACUUUUUGUAAUAUUUAACACAUAGUAGUUGGUUUUACUAAGAGAGUAGGCUCUAGAGUCUUGUCGACGCUUGUGCAAAAGACAGACGAGUGAGGCGUUGGGUAUUCGAACAACUCGAGAAGGAAGGUGUGUUUAAUCGAGGGGGAGAGAGAGAGAAAACAGGGACUCAAAGCCACACACAGGUUAUUACUGCUCUUCCAAACAGGGGAUACGAACAGCACCCUCUCAUCACGCCCUGUUGCAUCAGGGUCUUCCCCAGGCAUUUGGUAUGCUUGUGUUGCUUCUAAAGCCAUAUUGUCAUCGUUUUCUCCCUCAGACGUUUUAACCAUGAGACAAGGCGGGCUUUUAUGGUCUGCUUGAUCAGCGACAAGUAUGAAGUUUCCUUUCCCCCCUCUCCCCCCAAACAUGAACACGCAGCAGAUACACUCAUGGCCGUGUGCAUUUCUGUAUUGUGCUGAGUUCUCCACUUUUAAACUGGAAGUGAGCGCGGGAUCUAGGGCACACUAUGUUGUCAUCGAUAUCCUAAAACGACGAAAAAGAGAACAAAAUACCCUACAUACCUUAAAGCAAUUGCAUUGUGACCCAGUUUAUCCCCCAAAGCCAAAGUGUAACAGUUUACCACAUGUUCCCUCUCCAACCGAUCCACACGUCCCAGCUAGCGAUGUGAAUCCUGUUGGUUUAUUGCGAGGUGUGUGUGUACCUCUAAAACCUACAACUGGAAGGGCUGAUCUCAGUACACCUAAAGGAAGGAGAUGACGGUUAAAGGGAAGUGAUUUUGGGAGUGUAGUGUUGCAGUGGUUAGUGGCACAUUUAGGCACCAAUGUUUUAAUCCUUCAAACUGUCCUUUUAUUUAAUUUCUCCUUUUGGAAAAAGGAGAAAUUGUUUUGUAAUGCAGUUCAGCUUUCUUUAUUUGAGCUUCUUACGACUUUUUAACAUCUAAAUUGGUGACCCUGAUGAACUGAAUCUGAAUGACAUUGUUUGUAUUUGUUUCUGCUUUCUGACCAUUUGCACCUUGUUUUAUUCAUGCCUCCCAUCCACAUUUUUUUUUUUUUCAUUUUAAGAGGAUUAAUGAGUUUGGCUUUGGCGUACCGAAUGAGCCAAGUUAUUUCAAGACCUGUGAAAAUUAACGGUAUUCUAAUAGAGUUGCUUUUAGGUGUACUGCUAAUCAGUGUAAAUUCACAAAUAAAACUAUUUUAUGAAAACCGAA